AUGCCUUUAUCAGAGCCUGCAUUGCGACGUGAAACGACAACAGAGAGGACUUCCAGAUCGAAGGCUAGGAGUCUAGCCGGUGUUAAGUUCACAAAGAUCGAUGUGGAAGCAGGACAAGACGACGCAGCCAUGAAGGCUGAAAGUGUCGCGAACUCACGGAUGUCUCGUGAGAGUGCGAGGUUGAAAGAAGCCUUCCAAGCAGAACUAGCUGUCAUGGACCAGGAGAACAGGCUGGAUGCUGUAAAAAUCCAGAUAGGGGAACAAAAGCAACGACAGGAGGACAGGCUGAAUGCUGUAAAAGUCCAGAUGGAGGAACGAAAGCUACGAACGCUGAAGAUGAGAAAGGAGGUGGCUGCUAGAAUAGUGGAAUUUGAAGGAGAGGAAGAGAGUGAUGGCUCUGAAGCUGCCAUCGAACAUAUUACAUUGCCACAGGAACAGCCAGGGGAUUCCGUCCACAGAUUCUUCGAAUCUCAGCAAGACGUGGCAAUUGGCACAGCAACUCCUCCUCUUGACAGCACCUCUAACCAGACAGGGUUUGAAAAGAUGGCAGAGUCGAUGACUGAUAUGGCAAAGGCCAUUAUGCAACAGAACAUGACCACACAGAGACUUGCUGUUGCUAGUCAACUUCCAAAGUUAGAGAUACCGGUAUUCAGUGGCGAUCCUUUACGGUACAGGCUAUGGAAAAAUGCCUUUUCAAACUUGGUGGACUCCAAACCCCUCGACGGAGCUACCAAGCUGAGCUACUUGAAUAGCUACGUAGCAGGAGAGCCAAAGAAGGUCGUAGAGCACUACAUCUUGCUGGGCACAGACGAGGCAUAUUUCCAAGCCACAGAACUGUUACAAAAAAGAUACGGCAGUGGCAGUAUUAUCAGUACAGCAUUUUCGAAGAAGCUGAGCAGCUGGCCACGUAUCUUCGACAAGGAUCCUGGAGGACUCCGUCAAUUCUCAGACUUUCUAGAGCAGGUGGUAUCGGCUAAGUCAACGGAGUCAUCCUUGGGGAUAUUGGACUAUCCUCAAGAAAACAUAAAGAUGUUGAACAAACUGCCCCUACAUCUAGAAAGGUCAUGGCGGGAUGAGGUAAAUAAAUGGCAGACAAGGGGUCUUGGGAACUACCCUCCAUUUGAAGUCUUUGCCGAGUUUGUCAGCAGAGCCGCCAACAAGGCCAACAUCCCUGAGCUAGAGGGUCUGCGAAGUGGUGAGGCACGACCAAGGCAGUACGAAGGUGACCGCAGCAAUCGAAGUGGUGAGGCACGACCAAGGCGGUACGAAGGGGACCGCAGCAAUCGCAACCAGCCGAGAGGGAAGACCUUUGCAACAAAUGUAUCUUCAAAGACAAACGUGGGAGAGUAUUCCUCAUGUCCGUACUGUGGGAGAGAGCAUCACUUGGAUGACUGUCACGAAUUUACAAAGAAAUUGUUACAUGAAAGGAAGGGUUUCUUCUUUCAAAAGAACUUGUGUAUGGGUUGCGGCGUUGCUGACAGUCACCAGGUCAAGGACUGCACUCAGAGAAAGGUCUGCAAGGUAUGUGAAGGGCGCCACCUUGCCUGUCUGCAUAGACCAAGGAAUAACCAGAGAAGGCCACACGAGGAAGGCUCAUCCAAGUGCACCAACGUAUGCUCUCUUCCAGAUCAAGAUGGCCAGGAGCACUGCAUGAUCGUGCCAGUCUGGGUGAGAUGCAAGGACGAGCCUUCCCGGGAGUUCCUCCAUUACGCCAUCCUAGAUGAUCAGAGUAAUGUAGGCUUCGUUUCGGACGAACUGUGUGAACAGUUAGGAGUACAGGGAACUAGUACCACCCUCCGACUCACCACCAUGCACGCAACGGCCAAUGUCAAGAGCAUGAAGGUGAACGGUUUGCAGGUGCUCGACUUCAAUAGGGAGAAUGAGAUCGACCUACCCCCGUGCUUCUCUAGAGAUUCUGUUCCUGCUAGCAGAUCCCAGAUCCCCAAGAUUGAAGUCCUGAAGGAGUGGCCUCAUCUUGAGCCAGUUGCUCAUGAGUUGAUGCCAUACAACAGAAGCGUCAAGGUAUCGCUCUUAAUUGGAAAUAACUGUUCCCGAGCCAUCCGCCCUCGAGAGGUGAUAGCAGGAGGAGAAGAUGACCCGUAUGCCAUGAAGACAGCACUUGGAUGGGGAGUAGUUGGCAAGGUAUGCCAGACGUCAGUACAGGAUGAUGGAGUCCUGAUCUGCAAUAGGAUAUCUGCAAUUGAGAGGCAUCCAAAGUUUGCCUAUGCGAGUAAGGCCAAGGAGAUCCUGGACACUGAGAAAAUCAUACAGAUUCUGGAACAGGACUUCAAGGACUCGGGUGCUAAUGGUGAGCCUUACUCCGUGGAGGAGACGAGAUUCAUGGAGAUCCUGGAGAGUGGUAUCCGCAGACGUGACGACGGCCACUAUGAGAUGCCGCUACCUCUGAAGUCUGCAAAGCCAAAUCUUCCCUUUAACAAGCCACUUGCUAUGAAGAGAUGGAAGCAGCUGUCUGGAAGGUUGCGGAAGAACCCCAAAUUUUGCGAAGACUACAGAGCAUUCAUGGAUGACGUCAUCCAGAAUUAUGCAGAGAGAGUGCCAGCUGACCGUCUUCAGAUACAGGAUCGGGUUAAUUACAUUCCUCAUACUGGCGUGUAUCACCCUAGAAAGCCCAACAAGAUCAGAGUGGUCUUUGAUUGCUCUGCUACUUAUCAAGGUGUGUCCCUUAAUGACAUGCUACUUCAAGGUCCAAACACCAUGAACAGCCUCCUGGGAGUGCUUUGCAGGUUCCGUAAGGAAGCAGUAGCUGUAGCCGCUGAUGUGAAAAGUAUGUUCCAUCAGUUCUACGCAGCAGCAGAAGACAGAGACCUGUUGAGAUUCCUGUGGUGGGAAGAUGGAAACCCCGAGAAUGCUGUUGUGGAAUACCGCAUGAAGGUACACUUGUUUGGUGCAGCUAGUUCACCAGGAGUAGCUACGUUCGGUUUGAGAAGAGCUGCAGAUGACGGAGAAGAAGAAUAUGGAGCGCCAGCAGCUAACUACAUCAGGACAGAUUUCUAUGUUGAUGACGGCUUGAGAUCCGAGCCAGAUGUUGCAUCGGCGAUCCAGCUUCUCAAGAACAGUCAGGCGAUCUGUGCAAAAGCAGGUCUAACACUGCAUAAGAUUGUAUCCAAUGAAAGGGAAGUGCAAGAGAGUUUCACCAAGAAGGAAGGGCUUACGGACAAAAAGGAGCUUGGGUUAGCUCGAAGUCCAUCGACUCUAGAACGAGUUCUCGGAGUCGUUUGGUGCAUCAAGAAUGACGUCUUCAACUUCAAGAUAGAGCUCAAAGAACGGCCUUUCACCAGACGAGGAGUUCUCUCAACAGUGAGUUCAUUCUACGAUCCUUGUGGCUUCCUUAGCCCCGUUAUGUUGAGAGGAAAGCAAAUCCUGCAAGAGCUCUGCCGAAGCAAAUUGGACUGGGACAGUCCAAUACCAGAAGAUCUCCGUCCACGCUGGGAAAGAUGGCUGCAGGAGGUGCUUGAGUUUGAGAACCUCCAGAUACCCAGAUGUUACAAGCCACGUGAUUUUGGUGAAGUCAAGGCAGUGGAGCUUCACCACUUUUCGGAUGCAAGCCAAGAGGGAUAUGGACAGUGUUCCUACAUCCGACUUGUCAACACCCAAGACAAGGUCCACUGUUCCUUUGUUAUCGGGAAGUCCCGAGUAACCCCGCUGAAGCAGGUCAGCAUACCAAGGCUCGAGCUAACUGCAGCUACAGUAUCAGCCAGAAUGAGUGGAUUUCUGAACCAGGAGCUCAAGUAUGACAGCUUCAAGGAAUUCUUCUGGACUGACAGCAAAGUAGUCCUGGGUUACAUACAGAAUGAAGCCAGAAGAUUCCAUGUCUAUGUAGCCAACAGGAUUCAGAUGAUCCGAGACCUGACAGAUCCUGAUAUGUGGCGCUACGUAGACACAUCCGAGAAUCCAGCAGACGACGCUUCAAGAGGAUUGUCUGCUAAGCAGCUUACCCAAGACAGCCGUUGGCUGAGAGGACCAGAAUUUCUCUGGACGGAUGGUAUAUUUGAAGUCAACCCUACAAGGCCGCCCGUCCAGCUGGAAGAAAGCGAUCCAGAGUUAAAGCGUGCUACUGCCCUUAAAACAGGAGCAAGAGAUGAGAAGGAAAGUCACUUCGAAACUAGCCGUCUGGAUAGCUUUUCCAACUGGCACAGGGCAAAGAAGGCAGUAGCCAGAUGUAUUCAACUCAAAGGCAAGCUGCAGAGCAAGGCUGUGAAAAUCUCGAGCUCAUCUCCAGAUGCUGAAAGGCCGUCCUUCAAGGAGUCGCUUUCUCUAGGCGAACUGCAGAGUGCUGAAAGGGUGAUCCUUAAAAGUGUACAAGCAGAACAUUUCCUGGAGGAAAUGCAGGCUCUGAGGAAUCUGGAAGCUACAGGAGAGGUCACCGACAGACAAGCAACCAGGGUCAGGAAUGCUGAACUCAAGAAGACGAGCUGUCUCUAUAGACUUGAUCCUUUUCUCGACGAAGAUGGAAUUAUCAGAGUUGGUGGCCGUAUAGACAGGGCAAAUAUUUCCAGAGAGAUCAGACACCCAAUCAUCCUGCCCCGAAAAUGCCAUGUUACCAGACUGCUGAUCGAUGAUUGCCACAGUAGAGUCAAUCACAUGGGCCGUGGCUUAACCCACAACGAGCUUCGCCAAAGAGGUUACUGGGUGAUAGGAGGUUCCUCUGCAGUUUCACAGUUCAUCUCACAGUGUGUAACAUGCAGAAAACUACGAGGGCCUCUCCUGCAGCAGAAGAUGUCGGAGCUACCGAGGGAGAGAGUUGAACCUUCUGCCCCCUUUACCUACUGUGCAGUCGACUACUUCGGUCCAUUCCUUUUAAAGGAAAAGAGAAGCGAGGUGAAGAGGUAUGGUGUCCUUUUCACAUGUAUGUCUUCCAGAAGCAUCCAUCUUGAGACUGCGAACAGCCUUUCCAGCUCUUCCUUCAUCAAUGCCUUGAGGAGGUUCAUGAAUCGAAGAGGAACUGUUCGACAGCUCCGUUCAGAUCAAGGCACAACAUUCAUUGGGGCCAGAAACGAGUUGAAACAAGCUCUACAAGAAAUGGACCAGAAGCAUGUGCAAGAAUACCUUCUAGAGAAUGGUGUUGAGUGGAUACCAUUCAAAUUCAACGUUCCACAUUCCUCGCACAUGGGCGGUGUCUGGGAGAGGCAGAUUCAGACGGUGAGAAGGGCCUUGGACACCUUACUUGCUAAGGCAGGCAGCCAGCUUGACGACGAAUCUUUUCGAACUUUUAUGACAGAGGCAGAAUGUAUCGUCAACUCUCGACCUCUCACCACUAAUAACCUGAGUGACGCCGAAGCACCAGAACCUCUGUGCCCACUCCAUCUUCUGACAAUGAAGCCGAAAGUAAUCUUACCACCACCUGGAAACUUCCAGGGCGAAGACAAGUACUCUAGAAAGUGGUGGCGACGUGUGCAGUAUCUAGCCAAUGAAUUCUGGCUACGCUGGCGCCGAGAGUACCUCCAGCAGUUACAGCCCCGCCAGAAGUGGACGCGAACGCAGAGAGACUUGGCCACCGGCGAUGUAGUCAUCGCGAAGGAGACUGAAGAUGUUCGCCUCCAGUGGCCUCUGGCAAGGGUAGCAGAAGUUUUUCCUAGUCAAGACGGACGCGUUAGAAAGGUAAAGCUCCUCAUGGCUGAUGGAGCUCUGGACAGUAAUGGUAAACGUCUGAAGAAACCUUGUUACCUUGAUAGACCCGUCCACAAACUCGUGUUACUACUGCCGGUAGAGUCUUAG